AUGCCAAACCAGCAAUACCGACCAUUUUCCAACUUGAUAUUAAAGAGUGGCAAAACAUACAUGUUUGCGGACGGCUCAGCGAUACCUAACACCACAAAGCUAAAUUGGCUAAACGGGUACCCUAAAGGCAAUAAAGUUGUCGUUUUAAGCCAGGAUUUGGGUGAGUUAAACAAAAUUUUUUCUAGGAAUAGAGCAGCAAAAAGGUGUAUAAAAUGUAAUAAUAUGCUUUUAUAAACUACAGUGAAACUCUUGUCCAACAAAUUGCUCGGAUGCUUAAAAUUUGGUCGUUAUAAAGAAGUUUCGUUAUCGAGCAGUUGGUUAUACCAGAGUUAUACUUCACUUAAACAAGUUGAUGAUUUUUUCCUUUUAACCUUAAAUUUCUAUAAUAUUUUGUACAUUUAGGGUUGUACGACAUUGCUGGCUCAACUACGAGUGUAAUGCAUUGUAUGAGUGAGCCUACCAAACGAACGGGUUCUACAGUAUGCACUAUGACAUAGUCUUUUAUACUACGGUCAUAUCUAUAUUACAAAAAUAUGCUUGUUGUUAGAAAUCAUUAUAGUAAAAUAAACCAAUAAACGGAAUGACUAGACAUGAGGAACGGGCCGGCAACCGUGUUUAGGUCAAGCCAGGCCUGAGAAUCAAAGCCGGCCCAAAAAGCCCGGCCCGUUUGCAGGUAAAAAUAUUCAUCCCGGGCUUUAGCAAAAUUUAGAUACGUCUGGGCCUGAAAAAUAAGUCCGAGACGAUCCUUUCCUCAAGGGUGGUCAUUCCGUUUCAACUCAAUGACAAGCUGGAGUACUUGUAAUAUGUGGGCUUUUAAAUUGAUUGAAUUUGUGUAAUGUACAAAGUGAAUAAGCUCCGACAGUUUAUAAACGUUAGGAACCCUAAACCAAAAUGUCUAAUAUGCCUUUUUUUAGUUGUUAUACAGCGAAAAUGUCAACUCAAAAAGAAUUAAUAGUUAUGACAUGGAUUUAUGCCUCUUUAACAUCAAAUACAAACAGCGUUUUGUCUUUUCUAAAUAAACAUGGUUUAUUUUUUAAUAAUUACAGUUUUUGUAUUGGUAAGUACAGUGUCAUAUGUAACAAACAUGUGUUUCUUUUAACUAUAUCUACCUUAACUAACCUUCAGAUAUCUCAAACCUAUCAACUAUGGUACGUCCGUCUGCCUUACGAAAUGCAAAUCAUAGAAAACGCUUUUUCAACUACAGUAGACAGUCUACAAGAUUGUGUAGAUUAUGCUGCCACAGACUCUACAGUGAUACUGUUGCAAUACAACCUCAACACUAGUUUAUGUGUUGGAGCAACGUUUUACGCUGAUUAUAAUUAUAAUGAAACCAGUUCAGAUACGGUAGUUUACUAUAUCGUAUCUCACAGAUGUUUGAAAUCGGUUACAAUAGCUGAAGCUGAAAGACUGAUGAUUGAAGGACUGAUGAUUGAAGGUUGUAAGACAGGUUUUUAAAAUUUUUAGGCUUCUUAGUUUUCAAAUUGUGUAGUAAUUACGUAAAUUACAGUAUAUAAAGACCUAACGAGUCCAAAAGUUUCAAGCACUCUCAACAGUACCUUAUCGUACUCGAUGUACUCAAACAACUACUGUUAUACAAAGGUAAAGUUAAUUUUUAUAUACUCCGGGGCUCUUACUUUUCAGUGCCGUUGUUACAAAAUCAAUUAAGGCUCUAGGCUAGAGCUUUGAACUAAGAUUCUGGUCUAGGGCUUUGGGCGAAGGCUCUAGGCUAAGGCUUUGGGCUAAAAUUUUAGUAUAGGCUCUAGGCUUUAGGCUCUGGGCUUUGGGCUCUAGGCUCUAGGCUCUAGGCUCUAGGCACUAGGCUCUAAGCUCUAGGCUCUAGGCUCUAGGCUCUAGGUUUUUGGGUUAGAGCGUUGAGCUAAGACUCUGAACUAAGGCUUUGGGCUGGGCUAGUCUGUUCAUUCUAUACUUUUCAGUGUCCGCAGCUAAAAACAAACGCCUCAAAUGUACAUCAAUUUUAUUAUAAUUGGCAAGUUGGAUUGGAUAACAGUACUUCAACCGAAUAUUACAAUUUUAUCAUGAACAGGGCUCGUAUGUUUUAAAAAACAUAUAAAUUUAUUUUUUACACUUCUAACUAAUCCUUACUCAACACUAUAUUUUGACCACAACAUAAAGAUCAAGAACUUUUUAGAGGUAAUGAUGAUGACACAAUAUACUUGUGAGCCUACGGUGACAACUCGUUUAUACUACAGUGGUCGAAUCUAUUGCUUUGCUGUAAUUUUGCAUUUUUUAGCCACAGGUAAUAUUACAACGCAAUGCACAGAGCGGUUGACUAGUGGUUAUCCUAUAAAAUUUGUCAGCGAUUUGGUAUAUUCUAAACUGUAUGGUAUGUUACUAAGCAUUUAAAAAGUAUCAUAAGUUAUAAAUAAUUCUGGAACUGGACAUUUAAAAUACUUAUAUAAUACUAGGUUAAACCAAAAGUAGCGGGACAUAUUUCAGUAGAAAAAUAUAUGAAAAGUGUCCUGCUCCUUUUGGGUCAACCUAAUAGGUUUUGUAAAAGACUUUCUUUACUAUAACAUUCAUUUACAUAUGGUAAAGGUAAAGUUACCGCGAUUUACAGGAACCCCCAACGUACAAGGGAGACCCUUCGGCAACGUAAUAUUGAAAAGCAAUGAAACAUACAUGUACGCUGAUGGCACAGCUGUACCGAACACAACCACGCUUAGAUGGGCUAGUGGAUACCUUAAGGGCUAUAAGGUUGUUGUUGUAAACAAUAAGUUUGGUGGGUUUUUUUACUGUAUGUGUCGUAGGUUGGUUCCCUGUAUAAUUGGAAAACAGCUAACUGUAUAAUCGAUGUCUAUAAAUAUGUGGAACUUGAAGUAGUAAUCUAUAUGAUUGAUUUAUAAGCAUGUAGAACUUUGAAUAGUGCGAUAUUACGUUUCAGAGCUGUUUGAUAUAUCCGGAACUACCUAUGGCUGGUUGCAUUGUGCGAGCGACCCGAUAAAACGAUCACCUCCCACGGUAUGCACCGUGUCAUAA